GUUUUACAACAAAAGAUUGCGUGGAAGUUGCACAUGAAGAAGUGCGCGCAUGCGAACGCGCUGUAGCUCAUUUAAACCCGCGGACCUGAAGGAGAACUUCAUCAUCACUGUGAAGCACUUUAUGUCUGAGAACUUAUUUAACUCACUUUCAUUCAAGCCACAAUGAUGUCAUUCUGCUGGAUUUUCAUCUUGGGAAGUUUAAUCGUCACUGGAGUGAAGAUGCAAGACGAUGGAGUUGAAGGUGAAGAGAACACCGAGACCACCGCAGACGACGCUGCACCAGAGGAAGAGAAAGAAUCACCGGCGUCUGAUGAUGACGCAGUGCAGGAUCCAGAUGACACAUCGCUCGACGAGGCCGAUGCCGAGGCCACGGCAGGACCUUCAGAAGCUGAAGAGAAAACAGAUGCUGAUGUGGACGCCGAGCAGCCGGUCACAGAGCCAGAAGCAGCUGAGAGCGACGUGGCUGUGACAGAAUCAUCUCCUGCUGAAGAGUCGGAGGUCACUGAACCGGAGAUCAGUCCAGAGGAAGCUGCAGGAGAAAGAAAAGAAGAACCAGCAGACGAGGAACCAACAGCAGGUGAAACAGUCCCGCCUGCAGAUACACCUGAAGAUGACGAAGAGACCGAUGCAGGUGUCACAGAGGAACCCCAGGAUUCUCUUGAGGAAGAUCUUGAGAAGUCAAUGACAGGUUUUCAUCUGUCGGAGGCUCUCGACAAUGAUGAAGCAGAGAAUGCAGUUGGAGAUCCAGAGAGAUCCAGUUCAGGUUAUGGCAAAGCACGCAGCGCUGGAUCCGCUUCUGGAACAAACGAAGCAGCGGGCGGUGGGUCUGGUACAGUCGUGGGUGUGGUGUGUGGAGUUGCAGUCGCGGCUGUCGCUGCAAUAGCCGGUUACUUUACUUAUCUGAAGAAGAAACUGUGUUUCAAAGCUCCGACAGGUGACCUGGAGAGCGCCAAACAAGAGAACGAAACACAGAGUGAGCCUCAGGUGUCCAGCAGUCUCCUGACUUCAUCCUAAGAGAAGAGAGAAGACGAGAGGUCUGGAGGCUGUUGUGCUUUGGUUUACAUGCGUGUCAUGUCAUGUCAUGUCAUUUCCCAUCUUAAGGAAUCUUCACAAACGAACGUUUGGUUUUUAUCAUUAACCUGCGGUAAACCAGUUGAACAACACAUCUCAACGUUGAUAUUCCUGUAGGUUUUUUUCAUUCACAGCCGUUCAUAAGAUCAUUUCUCAUUGCUUCGACUGCAGUUUUACUUCAUACAGAACUGCUUUUCAUUUAUUUUCGUGAGGUGAUGCGUGAGGUUUCAUUGCUUUAGAAAUUCUCAUGUAGUUUGAUAUGGUUCUAAUCGUGCAGUUUUGUUUGAUGUUCAGUUGUUGUCGCUGACAUUCACAAAAGCCAAUCUCACACUGUUGAAUUAUUCACAAACAAACAGACUUCAUUGCAAUUUCAUUUCUUUUUUUACUCUGUAAAUACUUGUGUUUCAAUAAAGGGUUGGUUAUGUUUA